UCUGAGCGCUACUGGCAGGAACAAAGCAUCCUCAGAGCUGAAAGUGUGUAACCAUGAGAGUGUUAACAUGGAGCUUCAAACGACUGGCCUUAUAUGGGGCCCCACUCUUUAUUGUGGUCUACCUGUUUAUACAGGUUGGAAAUUUGAAAAAUAACAAAGAGGCACCAGGCACCCAGCAAGAUGGGAACACUGACAUUCUGAAGAAAUUUUCAGAAGUUGAAAACAAUAUCAUCAAAAUGUAUGAUCUUGUCAAAAACCUUGAGGACAAACAGGAUAAGAUUGAAAAAGUACUUGUGAUGAGAGCAGACACUGCUCUAAAACAACCUCAAGACCCAUCAAAACAGGAAGGUCAAAGGAAGGAGGAAGAGGACACCGACACAAACAGAAGCAUGAAGAAAGGCAAAAAAGGGAAUAUUAAGAAGAAGUAUGCACGGCUGUUUCCCAACUCUUACCUGUUCCAGAAAUGGGGGUGGGACUUGCCGGAAGAUGACCAGAGGGUGGCCCAGGAUUUGUUUGAGCAGUUUGGCUACAACGUGUACUUGAGUGACAGACUGCCUCUGAACAGACAGCUCAAUGACACACGUGAUGCCAGGUGUUUGGAGAAGAAAUACCCAGAAGAUCUCCCUACCGUCGGAGUGGUCUUGAUCUACCUGAAUGAGGCCCUGUCUAUCAUCAAGAGAGCCAUCCGUAGCAUUGUUGACAAGACACCAGCCAGACUGCUCAAAGAAAUCAUACUGGUGGAUGACAACAGCUCCAAUGAGGACCUGAAGGAAAACUUAGACUUGUACAUCAAGUCCAUAGAGAAGCAGAACCCAGGCUUACAUUUCACCAAGGUCAGACACAGCCAACAGAUGGGACUUUCACAAGCUCGUAUCUCCGGGUGGUCGGCCGCCACUGCUGAUGUUGUGGCCAUUUUAGAUGCGCACAUAGAAGUCACUGUCGGGUGGGCAGAGCCGCUGCUGACUCAGAUCAAAGCAAACCGAACCACGGUGGUGUCACCCGUGUUUGACAGAGUGAACUUCGACAACCUGAAUGUUGUUCCAUACUACCCUGCUUCCCAUGCCUUCGACUGGGCUCUUUGGUGCAUGUAUGAGUCUUUCCGGCCCGAGUGGUACAGCCAAAAUGACCCAUCGCUUCCAGGAAAGAGCCCUUCGGUGAUGGGAAUUCUGGUUGCAGACAGAAAGUUCCUUGGAGAAAUUGGUGCCUUGGAUGGUGGGAUGAAAGUGUACGGAGGGGAGAACGUAGAGCUGGGAAUUCGGGUGUGGUUGUGUGGAGGCAGCAUCGAGGUGGUGCCCUGCUCCAAGAUUGCUCACAUUGAGAGGGCUCACAAACCCUACCAGCGUGACCUCAGCAUCACCAUGAAGAGGAAUGCCCUGAGAGUGGCCGAGAUCUGGAUGGAUGAGUACAAGAAAAAUGUCAACAUUGCCUGGAAUCUUCCACUCAAAGAUCAUGGCAUCGAUGUUGGUGAUGUGUCUGAGAUGAAGAAGCUGAGGGAAAAGCUAAAGUGUAAGCCCUUCCGGUGGUACCUGGACAACGUGUAUCCCCAGCUGGAUGACUUUGGUGAUCUCAUUGGCUAUGGAGGACUGAAGAACCUUGACGCAAACCUGUGCAUAGACCAGGGUCCAGUGCCUGGCCACGAACCCAUCGCCUAUGGCUGCUACUACUACAACCCUCAGCGCACAUACUACCGGACAAAUGGGGAGCUGUACAUUGGUGGUAUAAAGUCCCACAAGUACAACAACAACAGGUGCCUGGUGGACCCUGGUACAGGCAGUACUCUGGGUUUAUAUGAUUGCAAGGAGGCCCAGAAGGAGGAUAUGUCCCGCCACUGGGAUUUCAAACAGGGUGGAGCUCUCAGGAACAGAAGGACAAAUAGGUGUGCAGAAAUGAUCAAUGAAAAACUGGUGGUGCAGAACUGCACAGGACAGAGAUGGGAGAUUCUGUAUGACGUCAGUGCCCCGUAGUCGCUCGACACACCAGAACCUUUUGUGAGAUGAAUUAGAAUUCCUGAAACAGUGAAGACAGAACAAUGCAGUUCAGAUGCAUAUGAACCACAGGAUGCACAGUUAGAUGAUUACUUAAAUUUUCUUCAUGGAAUAUAUAAAUAUUUAGUUUAAGGUGGUGGAUUUACUGAAGUAUUAUGGUGCUAAUAACAAUACAGGGGUAUUUGUCACAUUCAGAACAGUAGAGCCAUGUAGCAAGGAGUUCGGCUUUCUUUUUCUAUUAAUAAGUUGAGAAAUUGGUGUCCUCUUGUAUGGUGAACUGGGUCAUUUGUCACAGGGGGCACAGCAUAGUUACUGUAGUAAAAGAAAAGUUUUGCACAAAUACUGAAAGGCAGCAUAAAUCUUAAUUUAUUCUCAUAGUCACUGAUAUUAAAUCCCUGUCAGAGUAUAACUGCUAUUUUUGUGCCUUAAUUUUUUUUUUUCCACGUGGGAGUCAUAUGAAAGAAAGAGCUCUAUUUCUCUCUUUUCAGUUUUCUGCUAAUCUUGGGUUUCCUGUCUGCAAAUUUUUAUUUUUGUUUUCCAUAACUUGAUAGGUGUGAACAUUGUACUAUUAAUUACAGCAAGUUUGGGUGACAUUUUCUGUUGAAAUUCACCACUUGGAAGCUCGAGAGUGUGGUACAAUAAAAUAUUUGAACAGUUAUGUAUUACUUCAA